AGGAUGUAGCCGUUUCGGCUUUCACCCCCUCCGUGCAGAACGCCCUACAGCGGGAGCGGACGGUGCAGACUCCUUAUCCAGCAUUUCCGUUUUACCUACAAAAUGCAGACUCGUUUAUCCAUGACUUUGGCAGCGAGGGACUGGCUUCGGUCCCAUGCCACCCUGAACAUGAUGGCCACCCACCGAGGGGUCGGACUCCUCUUCGUGGUGACGGCCCUCAUGUUCCUGCCGCUGGAAUUUACUCAGCUGGCAUUUGCCGUCGCAGGGGCCUGCGCCUACACCUUCCUCCAGCACGCCUCCGAGCAUCCCAACUGGUGGGCGCAGGCCGAAGAUCCGAAGAAGAAGGCGGCGCAGGCUUGGCCGCCCGCGCUGCCUGGGAGCUGGGAGGCAGACGUGCAGCAGCUGUUGGGGCAGAUCACCCCCUCUGGCCAGAGCGAGGCAGCCUUGGCGCGGCUGGUGGAGGUUGUGCGUGCAACUGUUCAGCCGCUCUUUCCCAACGCGGACGUCUGUGGCUUCGUGAGCGGGGAGCUGGGCGCCAGCCGCGCCUUCCGCGUGGCAGUGCCGGACAUUGAGCUGGUGGUGUCGGUGAGCCCGGAGCAGUUGAGGGCGCUGCUGGGCAGACAGGACCGACGUUUGGACUGCAAGCAGCUCGAGAAGGCGGCGAUCCGCGCCAUCGCAGAGGCGCUGGUGGCCCACUGCGGUUUCAAGUUCCGGCGCUCCGCCUUCCGAGGCGAGGAGCCCAAGCUGACGCUGCUGGCCCCCGCCGCCUUGGCGCGCCUCGGUGACGCCAUCCCUCUGGACAUCUCGGUGAACGCGGAGACGCCGCUCUACAACGCCGCCCUCAUGGCGGAGUGCGCGCAGCUGGACGCUCGCUCCAAGCAGCUGAUCCUGCUGGUGCGGCGCUGGGCCAAGGACCGCGGCAUUUGCCACGCGGCGAAGGGGUACCUCGCGCCUUACCACUGGAGCCUCCUGGUGAUCUACUUCCUGCAAGUCCAUCUGAAGCACGGCGUGCUGCCCCCGUUGAAGAGCUUCAAAUCCUACUGCGAGCUUGCGAAGACGCCGCCCGGGCUGAGUCGGCCUGGGAACCAGGCGCCCUUGGACAGCGAAGUUCCCACCGCCAAGCUCCUCAAGGACUUCAUGCACUUCUACCGGCACUUCGAUUGGAGGAAUGAGAUGAUCAACGCCAUCUCCGGGGAGCGCGGACGCCCCAUCUUCGAGGCGCAGGACGCAGUGCUCUUCUUGCAGGAUCCCUUCCGUCCACUCUGCAACUUGGGCAGUCGCUGUACAGAGCCCAGCUUCCAGCGCAUCAAGGAGGAGCUGAAGCGGGGCAGCGACCUCUGCUCGGAGAACUUGGGCGCGGCGGGGCUCUUCGAGCCCUGGGCGCCAGGAGCAGAUGAGGAGUGAGACCGUGUGAAGUGAGACCUGGGAUUCAGCAGAAAGAUGGAGACAUAGAGAAGCACCCCUGCGAAAUCCACCAUCCAUAUCCGUGCUCGCUGCCAGAAGCA